AUGCCAAAGUGCGAAAAGAAUACUGAUUAUUGUAAAAAGUACAGAGAAGAAGAUUUACAAAAGGCCUUGAAAGCAAUAAGCGAUGGUUUACCGAAAAGAGAAGCUUCUCGUAUUUAUAAUAUACCGAGGGCAACGUUACAAUUUCGAUUAUCCUCGAAAUUCUCUAAAGCACGACCUGGACCAAGUACUGUUUUAACAGAGCAAGAAGAAUUGACUCUUGUAGAUUGGAUAAUGGAAAAUCAAAGAAAAGGAUUCCCUCGUAGAAAAGAAGAUAUUCAGGUGUCUGUGAAGCAAUUUUUGGAUGCAUCACCUCGUAGUAAUCCAUUUCCUCACAACAUGCCAGGAAUUGGUUGGUUUAACGCAUUUUUAAGUCGUCAUCCCAGUCUUGCUAUUCGAACUCCAGAGUAUAUUACAUCUGCAUCAGCAAAUGUUUCUGAAAAUGAUAUAAAAUCUUGGUUCGCUCAAAUUUACAAUUAUUUGAAUGAUAAUAACCUUCAGCACAUCCUGCAAUAUCCAAGUCGAGUUUAUAACGGGGAUGAAACUUGUUUUCAAGUUUGUCCGAAAACGAAAAAAGUAAUCGGAAUAAAAAAUUCGAGAAACGUGUAUGAGAUUGAGGGCGGACAAUCGAAACUUAAUAUCACUGUAAUGUUUACAUUUUCAGCGUCAGGGGAUACUACUCCUCCAAUGAUAAUUUAUCCUUAUGUGCGACUUCCAUCUGCAAUUGUACAAUCGAUUCCUAAAGAAUGGAAUUGGGGAAUUGGUCUAAGCGACACCGGUUGGAAGAAAACAGAACUAUUUUAUGAAUAUAUAGGAAAUGUAUUGUAUCCAAGUCUUAAAAAGAAAGGAAUUAAGUUUCCAAUUAUACUUUUCGUGGAUGGCCAUAAAACUCAUUUAGAUAAAAGAGUUAGUGAUUUAUGUACAAAGUUGCAAAUAAUUCUUAUAGCUUUAUAUCCAAAUUCUACUAGAAUCUUACAACCUGCUGAUGUAUCAGUGUUCAAACCACUGAAAAAUGGUUGGAAAAAUGGUUUAUCUGAAUGGAGGAGAGAGAAUCCUACUAAAGAAUUAACGAAGGAAAAUUUUGCUCCACUUUUAAAAAAAGUAAUUGAUUUGUCUAUAAAUGCGGAAAUAAUUAAAAAUGGUUUCCGAGCUUGUGGACUGUGUCCUUGGGAUCCUGAUGCUAUCGACUACUCCAAAUGUCUCGGAAGUAGUGAUUCUACGAAUAUUAAACCAAACACUGCAAUGAAUUUUGCCACUUUCAAAAAUAUUGUAGGCGAGGAAAAGGUAAAUCUAUUUCGAAGUUGGAAUGAUAUGGACACUGAAAAUGAAGAAAACGAUUUCACUUUGUAUAGACUUUAUAAAUAUUAUUCUGAGAAAGAGUCUAAAAUUCUGGAAAAUAAUAAUAAAUCAUCACAAAAAUCGUUCGAAAAUCAAGUUAAUGAUGCUGAUCAAGCUCAAAUUCUAGUUGAAGAGAAUGAUGCCUCCGAAGAAAGUACUCUUUCUUCAGAUAAUGUUUUUCAGAUGGAAAUUCAAGAAGAAAACAUUGUGCAAAUUGAAGAAAUCAAUAUAGUAUCUGAACAAAUGCUUUCUGAAAAUCAUUUACAAAAUUCAGAAAUCUUGGACAUGGAAGUAGUUAUUGCACAAGAAAAUAACCAUUUAGAUUCAACGUCAGAUGUCGAUUUAGAAAAACUUAUUCAGGUUAAUUCUACUGACGAUAAUAGUAAUAUUGCGACAAAUAGUAAUAUUUUUGAUUUAGAAAAAACUAUUGAGAUUAGUACUACUGAUGAUGAUAAUAAUAAUGGUAAUAUUACGAAUCAUUUGGCAUGGCCGCUUUCUCCCAAAAGAAAGGGGAAACGAAUAACUGAACGAAUGCCUUACGAUUUGACAAGUACAGCAAAUUUGGCAAUCAGCUAA